AUGGACUGCUUAAGCUACUUUUCCAACUCAGAUGCAAUCCAGCUUGAGGAUUGUUUUAUCCCUGAACUCGACACUUUCUUCUUUCAAGCACAGCCGCAACAUCAACUGCAUCAGCCAUUGCAUCUCGAAGAAGCUCUUUCACCGUCUCUCUGCGAGUUCAGUCACUUCUACGAGCCGUUUCUUCCUCCCCAAGACAUCUUUCUCCCUAGCCCUAAAACCGAAGUCUUCAACGAGUCACAGGACUUAGAUGCCUUCUUCCCCACGCCAAAACACCAAAAGCUCAUUAACUCCAGCUUUCAUUUCAACACUAACGACCCUUUCUUUCCGAGCCCUAAUCCUAAUCUCUUGGAUUCCUUCAUCACCGAGACUUCAAACUUUUCCGAGUUUCUUGUUCCUGACUUCUCUCCGGCAUUCAAAGUGGGGUGGAGUGAUAAAUGUGAUACCAAGAAACCGGAGCUUUCUGCUCAGAGCAUCGCAGCAAGAAAGAGGAGAAGAAGAAUCACAGAGAAGACUCAUGAGCUCGGAAAACUGAUCCCUGGAAGCCAGAAACACAACACUGCCGAAAUGUUCCAAGCCGCAGCUAAAUAUGUCAAGUUCUUGCAGGCUCAAAUUGAGAUUUUUCAACUAAAGCAGACCAAUACUUGGGAGAGUUCAAAGGUGGGAAGAGAAAUGCAGUUUUUGCUUGCGUCUCAAGGAAUUCAGGAAAAGCUAUCAACAGAAGAAGUGUGUGUGGUUCCUAGGGAAAUGGUUCAAGUCCUAAAAGCCGAAGAAUGCAUCUUGAGAAACCCUAGGAUUUCUCGAGACCUAAAUAAGUUGUUGUGA